CGCUAGCCACAGCGCCCGCGCGAGGCUGACUCCGUGCCUCCCCGCCCUGGGCCCCCGCGGCCUGGCCCUGUGGCCCGUGGCCCUGCCCUGGCACGCCACAGUGUGCCGGCAACCCCUGCCUCCGGGGCCGACCCCGCCGACCCCGCCAACGCCGACAACGCCGACCCCGGGACCGCUUCCUGGACUCAAGACUCGCGAACGGCCCCCGGCCCGAGGCACGGCCCCUCCAAGCACGGUCAGAAGCGCGGCCCCGCGGCCCAUGUCGUGUCGGCCGUGCUGCGGCAGCGUUCACCGAGACUAUGCACUAUCUCCAUCAAGAACGAGCAGGAUCGAUCCGACUUUGGAACGGCCGGAGAAUCGUGUCAAUACACGGCCAAAAACAUGGAUAUCCCGCCGGCCUUGGAGGACAGCUACAACGACCAGACGCUGCCCAUUCCGAUCCAGACGUUUAUGUGGACCCAGAUCGGCCCCUUCAUUCGACCCAAGCUUGGCAGGGCUCACGAGGCUGCGUGCAUGUUCUGCCAGAACGCACCAGGCCACCAUGAAGUGAAAGAGGCCUGCAAGGUGCUGGAGAGGGUGCUGGUGCAGGGGCUGCUUAACGGACUGACCCCGGACGUGUCCAAGGCCAUCAAGUCCAUCCCGCGAUGGCGCUUCGUGCAGUUCGCCUUCCCGCACGUCAUGCACUGCACGGCCACGCUGCUCCACAACAGGAAGGACACGAACCUCCAGACCCUGGGGGCCACGGAGACCAAGCUGCUGUACAUCCUGCACUGGAUCAUCCUGAGCGCCAACGAGGAGUGCGCCGACGCGGACAAGGAACAGCGCAUCUACCACGCCAGCCCCUACUACUACCUCUUCUCCAUUCCGACCGUCACGCUGUUCAUCUACCUGUUCGCGCCGCUGUGCCACCUGAUCAAGGAGCCCGACCUGCACGCGGGCCGCCUGGAGAGCGGCAUCAGCCUGUGGCAGGGCCUGUGGGAGUACCGCCACCCCGACAGCCCCGUGUUCAAGGCCCUCGUCAAGCCCAAGGCGCGGCCGCUGUGGGACCAGGCCCUGCACAGCAGCGCGCACGACGCCGCGCAGGCCGGCAACGUCUUCCUCGGCAGUAAAUCGUCCUGCGAUGUGGACAUCUUCGGCCAGCCUUCCGAGCCCAGCCCGCCGUACCCGGCGUCCGGGGUCGGCUUCUUCGACACCAUCCCCAGCGCCCCGUCGGCCGCCACCUCGCCGCUCCCCUCCUCGGCGGCGGUCACCCCCACCGCGCCCCCAGUGCCCUCCGCGCCCACCGCACCCACUGCGCCCGCCGGCACGCCCGCCACGGCGCCCUCCGCGGCGACGACCUCGGCCUCCAAACCGGAAGACGAACUGGCGGUGCAGUGGGUGUCGUCGCCGAAGGAGACCUCGUUCCCCGAGACCAUCCCGGAGGAAAGCUCCAGCACCGAGGAGGAGCACGUGGUCAUCUUCCGACUGCCAUCGCUACCCGAGUCUGACAACAUCCGAGAAAACGCUUCAGUAUUCCAGGCCGCGGAUGCCAGCAUCUUCAGGGUGUCGAGGUCCUCGACGAAGCCGUCCGCUCCCCUCCUGGACCAGAUCACCAUCGUCAAGGAGACUCGCUCGCACCGCGGCAAGCACUCCCAGCGCGUCGGGUCCAUGGAGCGCGACAAGCCCGACGCCAAGGAGGAGCCCCACAAGCCGCCCAAGCCGGUCCCUAGCGCCCCGAAGCUCACCACCGCGCCAAGCGUGAGCCAGCAGUCGGCGUCCACGGCGGGCGACCCGCCGCGCAUGGACUUGUCGGCCGCCACCUUCCUGGACGUCGCCGUGCUGCGCUGCCUCUUCAUCCCCCAGUGGCAGGAGGAGGGCGUCUUCUGGGCGCUGCAGUUCCUCUACCACCGCCUGCGCGACGUGGCCGAGGAGCGCGCGCACGAGCAGCAGCCCCGGCGGCGCUCCAACUCGCUGCCCAUCCCCAAGAUCGAGGUGUCGCUGUACCAGAGCCCCGAGCAGAAGAAGCGCGGCACGGACUCGGUGGGCGACUCGGAGUCCAAGGAGACGAUCCACAUGCCGGACGAGAAGGAGAAGGAGAAGGCCUACCUGGGGGAGUCGUCGUCCUCCACCACGGAAUCCCCUUUUUUCCGGAGGAAGUCGAGCGGCGGCGAGGAAGGGUCGGGCCUCUUCCACUUCCGGAGAGCCAGCGAGAAGGUGAAGAAGAAGAUGAAGAUGGCGGAUCUGCGCGCCUUCGUGGAGACCAAGCUCCUGUCCAAGUCAGAGAAGACCCUGGAGAAGAUUGGUCGCGACGAGCCGCCCAAGUCUCUUGACGACCAUCAUCAUUCCUUGGCGCCGAAGGACUCCCACAGCAGCCUGGACGCCGGCGAAGAAGACUCUCGGCCCGGGUCGGCGCAAGCCAGCCCCAUGCAGACACCGCCCAGCAACCUCGUCAAGGGCAAGAGCAUGCCGAGUCUCAGCUGUUUGCUUGAUGAAAUGAAUGGUGGAGGGUACAUGGGCGAGCUGCAGGCGGAGCGCGGCAAGAAGAAGGUGUCGGGCGCGCACUCCCACUCCAUCCCCAACCCCAUCAUCACCGUGACGGAGCACACGCCCACGCCCUCGCCGGACUUCCUGCGCAAGCAGUCCUGGCAGGGCUCGGUGGGCUCGCAGGGCGACCUGCUGAGCCUGCAGGGCCAGGGCCACGGCGCGGAGCGCAAGCCCAGCCUGGCGCGCAGCCUCACCGACUCCAACAUCACGUACCAGGGCGAGGAGUACCAGGAGGCCCAGGGGGCCACCUGCUACAUCACCAAGGAGGGCGACAUGGACUACCAGGUGGUGCUCAAGGCCGUGCACGCCGCGUCCAUGCGGGAGGCGCCGUGCUGCACGCUGCGCGUGUGCGAGGUCAUCCUCAACCUGCUGGAGCUGCUCGUGGACCUCGGCGUGCUCAAGCCGCCCCCGCCGACGGAGACGUCCCCCACCAAGGACGGUCCUGCCACGGCGGACAGCCAGAACAGCGACCCGGAUACCGCGGGCAAGGGCAGCGACAAGCGGGGCGCGGAGCGCUUCAACUCGGCCCACUGCCUCAUGCUCAACACCGUGCUGAGGGUGCUGCGGCACCUGGGCUGCCCCUACGGCUGCGAAGAGGGCCAGCGCGGGCCGCCGGCCGACUUCCUGCGCUCGCAGGGCCAGAGCCUCAUGGCGCGGCUGCAGCGGUCCUCGCCCAGGCAGUUCGGCGCCUUCCUCAGGCAGAUGGUGCGCCUGCAGCCCCUGCAGGACGUGAUGGACCUGUUCCACGCCUACGUGGGAUUCUGCGUUGACCCCAGUACGCUCCUGUCCCCGCUCACCGACCAAAAGCGCAGCUGCAGCAAGUCCCCGGACGUGUCCUCGCAGGGCGGCUACGCCACCAACUUCGGCGCGGGGCUGAGCGGCGGCGGCCGCGGCGUGGAGGGCCACAUCGUCUCGGCCGUGUUCAAGGCGCUCGUCACCCGCCUCGUCAAGUCCGCCAAGGAGCUCAAGUCCACCGAGAACAUCGCGCUGUUCUGCGACGUGCGCCGACUCAUGGCCUACGUCAAGGAGGCCCACGGCGGUGUCUUCCGACGCGUGGCGCUCAGCGGACUCCUGGACUGCGCCAGCCGGCCCAACCGUAGGGAGCCCGCCGCGCAGACCACCCGCGUCAUCAAGCACAUCAACCAGUCCGAGCUGGAGCAGCCCGACCUCGGCCCCGGGUCGUGCUACGUCAUCGAGGGGUCUAAGAAGAUGCUGCUCAAGAAGAGGAGCACGUCGUCCACCUGCGCCAGCCUGCUGGAGACGGACGUGUCCGAGGAGGGCCCCGCCAAGGCCAGCCAGAGCCCCCUGGGCCCGCUGCGGCGCAAGCCCCACACGCUGACGCCGCGCCACAGCGAGAGGAACAUCGGCGGCAUCGCGGAGGGGCUGUGCGCCAUGGGCGGCUUCGGCAUGGCGCCGGGCGGCACGCUGGCCAGGGACAUGAAGCAGGAGAAGGAGCGCUUCAAGAUCGGCGGGCUGGUGAGCUGGUUCCGGCGCGAGUACGGCCGCUCUGACUCCAUGGAGAGCGUGGAGGUGACGGGCAGCGAGAGCGAGGGCCUCGGUGCGCUGGCGAGGCAGGCGUCGCUGCACCGGUCGCUGAGUCGCGGCAUCGCGGCGCCGCCGCCGCCCCGCGCCACCAACGUGCUGCUCAAGGCGCGGAAGCGCGUCGAGGACCAGUUCACCAAGCUGGGCUUCGGCAAGGGCAAGAAGAAGGACGGCAGCCUGGAGGACACGCAGGGCUCCUACAUGAGUCGGCGCAGCUCCGUGGACCUCGGCGACCACAGUCGGGAGUCCGAGUUCGUCGUCUUCAAGGAGCGCAGGCUGGUGGCCAUCGAGCCGGUGCGCAUGGGCAUGGCCAGGCUGUCCUUCAUGCUGGAGACGUGCCAGCCGGGCUCGGUGCCGGACAGCCACCUGCUGGCCGCCAUCCUGGACCUGCCGCACGCGCCCGUCGUGGCGCGCGCCUCCAUGCUGCUGGAGUGCUGCUACUUCGUGCACUGCUGCAACAAGGGCCAGUGGCCCGCCUGGAUGAAGCACAACCUGUCCAUGUUCCGGCCGUCCGGGCCGCUGCCGCGCGACGGCAAGGGCGGCGGCCCCGGGCUGGCGGGUGGGCUGCCCACGGGGCUGCGGAGGACGCACCUGCUGCAGCGCGCCGCCGGCAAGAUGUUCAGCCAGUGGGCGGAGGCCGUGGGAGGACGCCUGGAGGAGCUCAUGCUGAACGACAAGAAGCACUACCCCGCCGUGGUGGGCAUGGUGCUGGAGGAGUCCCGCCACAAGGAGAUCCUCAUGCAGGACGAGGAGGAGGACUUCCUGGACGAGGCGAGCGUCAACCUGUACGGGCUGGAGAGCCCCAUGGCGCUGCGCCUGGUGGCGUGCAUGCUGCUGCUGGAGAUCACGGCCUUCAUGAGGGAGACGUUCCAGACGCUGCCCAAGGCGUCGAGGGCGUCGCAGCGCGGCGAGCGGCCGCCGCCGUGGGAGCGCGUGUACACCGGGCUGGGCGGCGUGGCCGGCGUGGGCCAGUCCAACGCCAACCGGCGCUGGAGCAUGGCGCUGUCCAGCAUGGGCCACUCGCAGGCCUCGGCCCAGAGCCUGCAGUCCAUAGCCGGCACGUGCGACCAGGCAGCCGGCCAGCCGGAGCGCAAGAUCAGCUUCGUGCUGCACGAGCCGGACAACGGCUCGGAGGGCAGCAGCAAGUCCACGGUGACGGUGCACGGCGAGGACGGCGUCGAGGAGAAGAAGCGGCGUCUCGGCAGCCACGCGCAGGGCGCGGGGCCCAGCCGCCCCCACCUGCUGCGGAGGGGCACCACGGCCAACGCCACGUCGGGGUCCUUCAAGCGGCGCAGCCUCAAGCUCCGCAGGCACACCAAGGAGGCCAAGGAGAUCCUGGAGUACGACAUGGGCAGCUCGGUGAGGCGCGCCGACUCCAUCCAGUCCCGCCGCAAGGUGAGCUCGCUGUCGGACCGCAGCGACACGUCGGAGCAGGGCGGCGGCGGCGAGGUGAGCGGCGAGGAGUCGCCCGGCAUCCUGAGCGACGACCAGCCGCCCGAGAGCCCCAGCGACAGCAACGACACGGACGACACGCACUCGCACCUGCCCUGGCUCAAGGUGGUCGUGCAGAUGUCCAACUCGUUCAACUUCUUCUGCUCGCACCAGUCCUUCUGCCACCCGUUCUGCUACCGGCGCCACAUGCGAGCCUGCUCGCGCCUCGUCAAGUCCGUCAGGAAGGUGUACGGCGAGGAGUUCGGCCUCAUGUCCACGCCCGAGUCCGAGGCCGACAAGCAGGCGGACGGCAAGAAGGAGGGCCGAGGCCGCGGCCGCAAGGUGUCCGACCAGGCCAGCGCCACGGCCUCGCCCAUCCGGAGGAAGGAGAGCGACAACAAGCGCGACAAGAUCCGCGACGCGGACGGCUCGCAGGCGGGCCGCUCCACGCGGGACUCGAACCGCGACCUCGCCGACCUGGACCUGGACGGCGCGGCCGCGACGCCCAAGGCCAACGCCGGCGAGGAGAAGACCAAGGACGUGCCACCGAUACUCAAGUACCUCAAGAACCAGGUGCGGGACGUGUUCCACGCGCCGCUAGCCACGCUCGUCAAGGGCGCCGUCGUCAUGACGGAGGACCAGUUCAUCGAGAUCCUGCCCGUGUCCUGGGAGCUUCUGCUUGAGCACAACCAGGAGGUGGCCGCCACGGCCUCGUCCCUCUUCAUCCUGGCGGCCGUCAAGGCGCCCGGCCCGGCGUCCGAGAUCAUGCGGCACGGCCUCCACCACCAGGACCCCGCCGUGCGCAUCAAGUCCAUCCUCAGGUUCCAGGUGCUGUGGAAGCUGCGCUACCAGGUGUGGCCGCGCAUGGAGGAGGGCGCGCAGGUGACGUUCAAGGUGCCGCCGCCCGGCAUCGAGUUCACCCUGCCCUCCCCCAAGAUCGGCAUCGAGUCGCUGCCCGUGGUGGACCCGCCCUGGGCGCCGCAAGUCACCUCCAAGGUGGAGGAGGUCACCAUCAGCCAGGAGAGCCACCGCGUGCUGGUGUCCGGGACCAAGACCCGCAAGAAGCAGCAGACGGAGCUGGUGAAGCUGGCGCUGCAGGCCCAGGAGAACAAGCGGCGCGAGGAGCGCGAGAACUUCCUCAUCACCACCAUCCCCGUGACGGUGCAGGCGGCGUACGAGCCCAGCCUGUACCACGCCGUCGAGGACCACGAGGACGCAGGUAGCGUGGCGCAGCACGACGAGCCGGACCAGCUGCAGGCGCGCAACACGAGCCACCUCAUCCACUCGGCGCACUCGCUGUUCCCGUCCUGCCUCUGCUCCGCCGUGGUGCAGAUCAUCAGCCUGCUGGACGACGCCGCGGUCGCGGACGGCAACGCCGUGUACGAGAUCGCCUACCAGACCAUCUGGAACUGCCUGGUGGAGGACAGCGCCCUGUUCCUGCGCUACGUCCUGGAGCGGCUGACCCGCGACCGCCAGGACGAGAUGUUCAAGCUGCUGCGCCACCUGAUCCGCUUCAUCCCCAAGCUGCCGCAGCAGGCCGCCUUCGCGCUCUACAACUACAUCAUCGGCUACGUCAUGUUCUACGUGCGCUCGCCCCAGGAGGACGGGCAGCGCCUCAUCGGCACGGCGCUGUCAAUCCUCUGGAUGGUGGUGCACAGCGUGCACGGCAUCAUGUUCAAGGACCUCAAGCAGAUCCUGCGCAAGGAGCAGUGCGACGCGUCCAUCCUGCUCACCGCCAACGUGCCCUCCGCCAAGAAGAUCGUCGUGCACGGCCCGCAAGAUCCGGACUCUGGCGGUAUUCCGUCGCAGUUCCCCGUGCAGGAGGACACCCAGUUCUGCCAGAUCCUAAGAGAGUCUCUGGACUUCUUCGGCAUCGAAGAGAACAGGCACAAGGAAUUCUUUCUCGUAGACCACAAGACUCAUCAGAUCCACAACCCGUCCUCGUACGUGAGGGACUUCUACUUCUUCAAGCGGUCGCAGUACCCGCAGCUGGAGCUGGUGCACAUGAAGCCCGACGAGGCCUUCUCGGCGCUGCAGCAGCAGGAGCUGAUGCACAAGUUCGUGGAGAUCGGCAAGGUGCUGCUCACGUGGGCCAUCCUCAAGAACGUGGACAUGGUGGUGCAGCGCGUCGUCUUCCUGCACGAGGAGCUCAUGAAGCUGCCGUCCUUCCCCAGGAAGGCCCUGGAGGCCGACCUGGACCUCUACAAGGGCGGCGAGAUCGGCAAGGAGCUGCUGGGGCUCGACGUGCUGCACAAGUUCAUGUGGGUGCGGCUGAUCGCGCGCAUGUUCGAGGCCAUGGCGGGCAACUUCGCGUACUCCGGCGACAUCCACCUGCUGCUCAACGUGCUCAACGGGGCCGUGAUCCUGCACUCGGAGGACGCGUGCAUCCUGCGCUACGUCAUGGCCACGUACAUCAACGCCGCCUACAACUUCCGCAACAUCUUCUGUUCCAACGGGUACCUCAUGGUGAUCCCCACGCUGCUGCAGCUCUACUCGAGCCACCAGACCAACACGCUGGUCACGCGCACCGUCGAGUACACCGUCAAGCAGUUCUACCUGAUGAACCGCAAGCCCUUCAUCCUGCAGAUGUUCGGCAGCGUGUCCGCCAUCCUGGACACGGACGAGUGCGGCCAGUACGGCGACGCGCACAAGGUGCGAGCGAGCGACCUGUUCAACCUGCUGCUGAGUCUGGAGACGCCGUCGCCCGACCCCCUCAACAUCGCCGAGCUGGUGCACGAGGAGAAGCCCCUGAAGCCCAUCGACUUCUGCUACCACGACGAGGACGAGAUGGUGAACGUGCUGGACUGCAUCUCGCUGUGCGUCAUGGUGGUGGCCUACGCCGCCGACUCGCUGCGGGGACGCCAGAUGCUGAUCAUCUUGAACGCCAUCCUGCCGUGCUACCUGCAGCAGAUCCAGCUGCCCACGUACAACAAGGACGGUAAGACCGAGAAGGAGAUCAUCAACCAGCUCGCCGUGGCCAUCAAGACCAUGGUCAACAACUGCGAGGCUCUCGCCAAGCACUACACGGGGCCGCAGAAGUCGAGCCCCGAGCACAAGGGCUCCAGCCAGCGGAACUACAGCCGCGGCCCGUACUCGCCGGCGGGGGAGUACGAGGACGACUCGCACUCCAAGUACAUCAGCGACCACAACAAGAGCAAGAUGAACUACGACCGGGACAUGGAGGACUCCGAGGUGCUGCGCAACGAGUACCGCCGGCCGCGCGACAUCCUGCUCUACAUGGUGGCCGAGUUCCUCACCAAGUGCACCGCGCGCCUCGCCGAGAUCAACAAGAAGCCCGGCGGCGACGGCAAGACCGUCGAGCUGCUCGACAUCCGCGCGCACGUCCGGCUGUCCGAGGUGGCGCACAGCCUGCUCAAGGUGUCCCCCUACGACCCGGACACCAUGUGCUGCAAAGGGUUGCAGCGCUACAUGACGGAGGUGCUGCCCUACGCGGACUGGGCCAACGAGGCCAUGCGGCCCGCGCUCAUCCAGCUGGUGCGGCGCCUGGACAAGACGUUCUCCAAGAUCCACAAGAAGGCCUCCAUACGGCGUCUCACGGACUGGGAGGCGGCGGCCGGCCUGCUGCGCGGCGUGUACGAAGCCAUGUUCCGCUACAAGUUCAUCGUGCACAUGGCCAACCUCAAGGCGCUCAUCAACACCUGCCAGAGCCUGAUCGUCGGCGAGCCCCAGCCGCUGGGCAUGCUGGAGACGUUCUCGCAGUCCACCACGGCGCUGCUCAACAAGGUGCCGCCGCCGCAGUUCUGCUCCAUGGUGGUGCGCCUCAUCGCGCUGCAGAUCGUCGUCAUCGGGGAGACGGCGUCGCUGGAGAACAACGUGUGCAGCGGCAACUCCACCUUCGCCACGCCGGACAAGACCGAGGUGAUGCUGAUGAACGUGCUGAUUCCGCUGUGCAUCCGCGUCGGCAGCGGCAGGAAGGACGUGGCGCCGCUGCGGCAGGGCGACAUCAGCUUCAUCCUGACCGUGGUCCUCAACGCCAUGAGCCCGCCCGCCAGCAAGACGGCCCCCGUGACUGCGCAGACGCUCAAGACCGUGUCCGAGAUGCGCACGGGCAGCCUGACGGGCGGCAGCCACACGGACUCCAAGAAGCAGGCCGCCGCCAAGGUCCCCAAGAGCCUCUACCAGGUGUCGUUUCUCGCCCUCAAGAUCCUGAUGGUGUGCUUCGAGCGCGAGCUGUCGCCGGACUGGCCGCGCAUGGCGAGGGUGCUCCGCGACCAGGUGCGCCACAAGGAGGCCGGCAGCGUGUUCUGGAACUUCCUGGACUUCGUGGUGACGCAGCGCACGCCGCUGUUCGUGCUGUUGCUGCCGUUCAUCGGCCAGAAGUUGUCGCAGCCGCCGAGCUCCGACGCCGAGAGGCACUCCAUGUUCGUGAUCCGGGAGAAGCUCCGCGGCUUCAGCCUGCCGCUGCCCAAGUCGCGCAGCACGCUGCUCAUGGAGCUGGCCCACGAGAUCAAGGAGCUCAAGGAGGAGCUGGAGGACAGGCGCUACGACGAGCAAGUCAUGGACCGGCACAUUGCAAUGGAGACGACGCACGUUAGGCACCACCGGCCCUCCAUCAUUGACCUGCUCACCGGCGCCUCCCACCAGUUCGACCACCAGCGCAACGUGCACCGCGAGUCGAUCUGCAGCGUGGCCAGCAGCAACAAGGGUCCGGCCCACGCCCAGCCGCACGUGCAGGCAGUGCAGGCCCACCACACCAAGGAGGAGACGCCGACCAAGAGUGCCGCGCCGGGCGAGCCGCUCAGCCCCACCAGCCCCGGCGACGACGACUCGAGCGAGAUGGCCAACCGGCCGCGGCUGCAGCGGUCCAAGGCGCAGAGCAGGAAGACGUUCCGGCUGCGCAAGAGCCGCAAGAACCGGCCAGACGCCAAGGGAGACCCCCAGAAGCAGCUGUCGGCGGACUCGGCGCUCUCGCUGCCGCGGAAGGAGCUGGGCUCCGAGUCGGAGCUGCUCAAGCUGACGAGGGUCAUGUCGGCGCGCUCCACGACGCGCCGCCCCACCGAGAUGGCCGAGCUGACCCUGGAGUCGGAGACGGGCCUGGGCGGGCUGGGGCGCGCGCGCCACCACUCCACGCUGCCCACCCUGGCGCCCGGGCACGGCAGCCACGGCAGCCACGGCCACACGUCCUCGUCGGGCUCGGGCGGCACCAGCGUGCCCAUGCUGGGGCGGCUCGGCCCGCGGGGUUCGUGCGGCCCCAGCGACCUGUCGUACGACGAGGACAGCGCCAUGUCCGUCACCUCCAGCACUUCGGGCUACCGGGAGAACUGCAGCCUGCUCAUGAUGGCCAUGGACAGCCCGCCGGACGCCGGCUCCACCUCGUCGUCCUCGUCGUCGCUGUCCCUGUUGGGCAUUAUCAGUCGGCGGUGGAAACGCAAGCUGCGCGGCCACUCCACCGCCAUCCGGGCCACCAUCAUCCGGCGUGACAGCGCCAUGCUGCGCGGCGGUGGCCUCAUGCAGGUGGGCACGGCGAUGGCCAACUUGUCCACCAGCAGCACCACAGUGGCGGGCGACCCCAGCUCGGCGGAGCAGUCCCCCGAGCACUCCAGCACGACCACGGGGACGGCGGACGGCGAGACGACGGCCCUGCUGGGGCACAGCCAGAGCCAGAGCCACAGCCAGCACUCGCUGCUCGAGAGCUUCGACCGGCAGGACGAGGACACCCUCAUCUAAGGGCGCAGCGUAGCCGAGCCUAGCCCGUCCCUGUUCCUCUCUUUCCUUGUUCAACUGGCCAGCCCUGGUGCAGCCCUGGUGCAGCCCUGGUGCAGCAGCGCGACUGGGGUGCGGCCAGGCCAUGGCCCAUGGCCGCUAUGGCCAGAUGCCCGACUCCUCACCGCUCCUCACGCCACGCCUCAGCCCGCGCUGCCUCGCUGCGUCGCCGCGUUGGUAGUCCUAGCUUUAGGAAGUAGGGGUAGCCGUGGGAAGUGUCAUUCCUGUGUUCAUGUGAUAUUCCCAUUCGCAUUUCCUAGAUGUUGACUAUAAAAUAAAAUUGUGUCCCAUUUAGUAACAUUUUGAGAACUUGCUAUCACAACAGUGAUGAGCGAAGUUGCAGAAACUGAAUGAGAAAUAAGACGUGCAGAAUACCAAUGAGGUAUGAUGACUAUUACAGCCAUUUUGUCACUGGCAUUUGCAUUCAAGAAAAAAACUUCAUUGGAAGAGAAUGCCUAUGCCUUUCAAACAAAGGGCCAUCAAGAUACUGAGCACUGAGCAAAAUAUCAAACUAGGCAAAUGUUAAUUUCUGCACAUUUCCUGUAAUGUUAAAUGGUAACAUAGAUUAUGUCCUGUGAUACCUUCAGGACAGAAUAAGAAACUACUAUUUGGAUUUCUUAAGUCUGUACUGGUUCUAGAUGUUUAACUGUUAUGUUUGGAUUUGGAUUACUUUUAUAUAUAAAAAAAAGUUGUUGCUAUGUUGAAUUAUAUAUUUAUUAAACAUGAAUAGAAAUUGCAAAAGCCUUACAAAUGAGUUCAUCGUACCCAAAAACAGGGCUAACAGUUAAACAAUAAAUACUGCAACCUGUUUUCCAAGUAAAUAUAAAAGUUUACAAAAUUCUUCUGUUUAUGACAAACAGCUGAUAAGUCAUGGUUAUUGCCUUUAUUACAAGAUACAAAGUUUUUCAUUUAACUCAAUGCUUCAAUUUUUCUUUGUAAGACCAAAGAAAGAAAACAAAGCCUUUGCUCUUGAAGUCCUGGAGCUCCCAAAACCAUGUGGCAGUAAAAAGUCAGUUCAAACAUCAUAAACAGUUCCAGGAGAAAGAAAAACUCUUACAAUGAUUUAUGCUAUUAAAUUGUUUUAUUAUAAUUUUUCUACAAUUGACCAUCACAUUAUGGCACCUUAUUUUCCGACCUGAGAGAAAAAUAAGGGAAGAAAGAAAAAAAUGUAACCCAC